AUGGAGUACCUGGACCUGUACGUAAUCCACAUGCCCGUGUGCCAGAAGCCCGGGCCGCCUGUGUUCCCGGCCAGGAGGGAGGACGCCCUCCCGUUCGAUUUCAAGGGCGUGUGGCAGGCGACGGAGGAGUGCCAGCGACUUGGGCUCGCCAGGGCCAUCGGCGUCAGCAACUUCACGACCAAGCACCCGUCGAUUAAUCACACGACGGCGGUGUCUGUAGGUGGAGUUGAACCCGGUUUGCCAGCAGCCAAAGCAUGUUUGGAUACUGCCCUGGAGAGUAGCUGUCUGGACGAGAAGGGCAUCCACGUCCAGGCGUUCUCGCCGUUGGGAGGGCAGAGCUGGACGGGGGAAAGAAACGCCGUGCUCGAAUCCCAGGUUCUCGCGGAGAUAGCUAAGGCAAGAGGGAAGACCGUGGCACAGGUGUCAUUGAGAUGGGUAUAUGAGCAAGGAGUGAGUUUUGUCGUCAAGACCUACAAACAGGAGAGGCUUAAGGAAAACCUUGAGAUCUUCGACUGGGAGCUGACUGACGAGGACAGGUUCAAGAUCAGCCAGAUCCCACAGAAGAAGCUUGCUGGUUUCGCAUACAUCUUCAAGCCAGAAGGUGAAUUCACGUCGGUUGAUAUUUCGGAAAUCAGUCCUGCAGAGGAUUAG